CUGGCUGUGUAGCCUCAGUAGGCUGUGCUAUGUAGCUUCAAAUCCUUUCCCACACCGGCUGCAUUUGAAUCUUGAUUGGAAGCGCUAUCCACUGCCAGAAUCCUUCGAGAAGUCAACAUCCUUGUGAACACCCGCAGUGCUCACUGUUUUUGCGAGUUCCCCAUGGUUUGAUGAGAUGGAGGCCAAUAGCUUCGUCCUCUGUCGGUCUCAGAGCAAUCAUGAUUCUUUGACAAACCCCGCUGGCACAAGCGGAAGGAUUCUGGGUAGCGCCUGCGGUAGCACAGCUGUCGAGAUCCUUGUGACUGUGCAAGGCGAUGGGGUGGUGGCGUAUAACUCUUCUAAGCAGCUCCGGACCAGGAGUUGGCCGCUCGGCUCGCGCGGCGCCACGUUCGCCACUCCCGCAGUCUGGGACACCCACACGUCGCGCUACUAUACGGCCCUGGAAACCUUGUCAGAGGGGCAGCACCUCGUUUCCUGGGAAAAAUCAACAGACUCCAAUCAGUCAACUUCAGGCCUGAUCGACGCGCCAGUAAAAAGAGCACUAGGUGGGGUGGCGGUGCAUUCCCUGUGGCCCGUAUCGCAACCAAAAAGGAACACGAAGCUUGCCAGUGGCGCCGUAGUUGUGUUCCAUGAUGGCUCGGUGGCUGCUUUCGGUGCCGACCUGGCGCAGACGAGCUGGCUGCCGGGGGUCGAGAGGGGGACCGUCGAGGCAGUUGCGGUGAGCAGGAAGGGGGGAGCACUGUUCGUGGCAAUUGCGGGAUACAAACGGGGGGCUGCGAGACGGGCUGUGAAGGUCGUGGAGCUGAGCUCAAGUGUGCCGGCUGGGUCGGGGGAGGAAGUCGACGUACUCAAAGUGAGGCAGGAAUUGGAGUUGCCGCAUUCUGGGGAGGGUUCGGUGGCAUCGGUGUCACUCGGGGAAAACCUGGAUCUGUCCGUGCUGUGGGACGAUGGCCGGUGGCAGUCCUUUUGCGCGGAUCGCAACGGCGCAGGCCAGGGGUGGUCAUACAAGCCGGGUCACAUUAGAAAGCUCGCCGUCUUUCAGGGCGAGACACGGGCGAAGAGCAAGAAGACGCCAAAGAAGAAAAGGGCCAACCUGGAUGCGGAUUCCAGUCUGGUCGAAGCGAGCUCGUCGGGGCGGUUGCUUGCCAUGCCGGGAUCUUCGUAUGUGGCAGCUGUCGGUCCAGCGGAGGGGGGUCGUGGGGGCCUAGUGGUUGUGAUUCUGGACACCCAGUACGGGUGUCUGCACAAAAGGUUCGCUCUAGCGGCCAGAGCGGAAGAGGACGCAAAGACGGACAGUCUCUCGACACUGCUUGACGCUCGGUCCUCCAGUUUGGGGGCGUUGGUUGGGCUUCAGAAUGGCGGGGACGAGGGGUCGCUGCUGGUCAGUACGUCAGAAAAAGUGAUAGUCUGCGAUGUGUCGCUGACGCCGCUCUCUCUGGCUGGAAUGCUGGGCGCGCUCGCACGGGUGCCAAGUGGCGGCCCUACUGGGGUGCCACCUGGCAGGUCUGUGGAGGCGCCAGCUGGCGCUGAGGUUGAGAGCAGCUCUGGAUGGGGGGCAUUAGCAAACGACGCGGCGGUGAUGGCUUCGUCUGUUUACGGCCAGUCAGAGGUGGAGUCUUUGCAGGCCCCUGCAAGCAGAACGGUAGUUACUCCAAGCAUUAGCGGUAGGGGGGUCGUAGAGGAAGAGUCGAGCUUGGUCCGACGGGAAGAGGGUGGCGUAUGGGAUGUAGAGCGAGGGGUUGCUGCAGAGGACGAGCUUCUGAAACGGAUCCGGGACGCGACGAGUGAACAAGAAUUGGCGUCAUUGCUGGGCGAACGGUUUGGGAGCGGGCGAGAAGGGGGUGAUGCACAGCCGCGGGGUGCAAACGGACUGCCGAACGGUGUGCAUGCGAACGGGAGGAACGAUUCUGACGAUUCGGACCUGGAGGACGGCCAGCCGAACGGGUCCACUCACCAGAACGGCUUUGCGCAGAAGAAUGGGGUCAAGAAGAACGGAAAGGGUAGUAAAGGGCCUGGAAAGGAAGCUAACGGAACGCCAAAGCGACUGUCGCAUCAUCUGCGACAAUGCUCCUCUGAGGUAGUGACGGCAGUUGUAGAGCGGUCGCUCGAAACCCGUUCCUGGUCGGUGUUAGAAUCCGUUCUCUGGUCGGGCAGCUUGCCAGCCGGGUCCGCGAGCCCAUAUCUAAUGCGCACUCUUGCCGGCGCCCAGCAGUUGCGCCUUUUAGAAACGGUCACUGCCUACUUGCGGGACCUUCCCCCCGCAGACCUCGCUUUCCUCCUCCGCUUUCAAAUCAGUGACGCCGACCAAGAAACGCUCCAACAGCUGGCAGCUGAGCGGAAGAAGAGCGCGCUUGCGAAAGUGACGAAGCUUGCGGCGGCGGUGAAGGAGGGACAGGUGUCGAAAGCACGGCGGAGGGAGGUGACAGCUGUACGGCUGGUGGCAGACGCGGUGGACUUAUUCACACCGAGGGAGGCGGCAUUGCACGCGCUGGUAGCAGUUCCCCGGGACGAGACGGUGCUCGCGGCGGCGCUGCGGGAGCUCAACGCAGCAGAGGUCAGUUUCUUAGUGGGCUACUUCACCAAGUGGAUGGACGUCUACUUCGACCGGGCGGAGGUGUCGGCACCCAAGUGGGGCAGAAUCGUGCUGCCGUCACUAGCACAGGUGGUCCGAUGGCUGUCGCUCCUCUUGGACGUUCACCUCACAAGGCUCGUGCUCUUGCCAGACUGCCACCAGGUCGUGGGCCGUCUACACCGGGUCGUCGCCGCCCAAGUCACACUCACGCGCAAACUCGUCCCCCUGGGCGGGGUCACCGCCCACAUCCGAAAUAAGGCCAAGCUGCCCUCCAGGCGGGCGGCGAGCGGGAAACCUGCGGGAGGGUACUCAGUCGAGGUCCUGAGUCUUGAUUAACCCAGAGUGAGCGAAGUUAAUCGUAGAGGGUGACCAAGGAUUCAUUAAACUCAAGGCAUGCGCUUUCAGUCAAAUAGGUUUGAGGCUCAAGCGCGACAGCUGUGUGGGCGCCUUUCCAAGUCAUGUCUGUUGUGGCCGUUCAAGUGGCCGUUUGACUGCCCCUUGACCCGCUCCUGAUCUGGCAUUGAACCAUGACG